GCCAGCGACAAGCGGACGGGGCCGGCGGGCGCUGCCUCCACAGGUCCCGUCAUGGAGACCAAUGUCUCCUCCGAUCUCUGGAUGACCAGCCCUGGUCCUUCUCCUGCCAAGGCCAAGCCUGACCUGAACGCCAUCAUGGACCUAGUCCAGGUCGUCUUCUACACCGUGGUCUUUGUGGGGGGCUCGCUGGGCAACGGGCUGGUGAUCUGGCUCACGGCUCGCCGGGCCGGCCACUCCGUCAACUGCGUCUGGUUCCUCAACCUGGCGGUGGCCGACUUCGUCUUCUCGGUCAGCCGGGCGGUGCCCCUGGUGAAGAACGCCUUCUACCGCAGGCACUGGCCCUUCGGCGCCUUCCUCUGCCAGGCCACCAGCUUCAUCAAGUACCUCAACAUGUUCUGCAGCGUCUUCCUCUUGGCGGCCAUCAGCCUGGACCGCCUGGCAGCCGUGGCCUUCCCGGUGUGGUCCAAGAACCGCCGGGGCCCCCGCCUGGCGUGGGCGGCCGCUGCCGGGGCAUGGGGGGCGGCCGCCGUGGCCAGCCUGCCCUUCUACCUCUACCGCAAGCUGGUGCCGGAGGGGAAGACCAACGGCCUCAAGUGCUCCUUGACGCUGGGAGAAGGGCCCAAGCUGACGCUGUAUCUCCUCCGGCUGCUCUGCGGCUUCCUGGCCCCCUUCGCCAUCAUCCUGGCCUGCUACGGGGCCUUAGCGGCCGUGCUGAGGCGGCGCCCGGCCACCGUCCGCUCCAGGAAGCCCUUCAAGGUCAUGGCGGCCAUUGUGGUGACCUUCUUCCUCUGCUGGGCCCCCUACCACCUCUUCCUCCUCCUCAAGCUGGCGGGCGUCAAGGGCCAGGCCAUGGCCGUGGGGCUGCCGCUCGCCUCCUCCCUGGCCUAUCUCAACAGCUGCGCCAACCCCGUCCUUUACUUCUUCAUGGGGCUGGAGUUCCGCCGGGCGCUGAGACGGACCACCUUGGCCGGGGCCUUCCGCCGGGCCCUGCUGGAGGACACGGCCUACUCAGUCAGGUCCCACAGCCGCAGGAAGGAGGCAGCUUCCUCCAUUGACGGGCUGGCCCAGAGCUCGGUGUCCCCCAACCUGGCUUGAGAGACCCCGAGGGAGCGGGGCCUGUGGGGCCGAGGGAGACAGGGACUGCGCGAGGUGGGUGCCCUGGCACAGCCGGCGGUGGCGAAGAGAGCAGUGCAGAGACAGAUGCCAAAGGAGCCCCCAGCCAUCCCACCACAAACACCAAUGUGCUUCUUCCCGGCCAGAGACCUGCGGACGUC